AUGCCUUCGAAUGGUGGGCUCUUAAGAUUUUUUUAUAGCUUGCAAGAGUUGGCAGAGACUGAGCUCACAGGGAAAAGAGUCACUGUUGAAGAUUUCCGACGAUCGUUAGCAUGCCUCUCGAUUUCAAUCAAAGCCGAGCUUGAGAAUUUUCUGAAAGGAAAAUAUGCCACAUUCAAGAAAGCCGAGUCUAUUGAGGACAUAUUUUUUCACCUCAACUUCUACCUUAGCUUCAUCGACUUUAGUCUUCUCGAACACAUUAUCGACCACUUUGGCAGUUCUGACCUCAAGCAAAAGAUGAGCCAACACUCUCUGGACAUGGUGCAAUUCCGCAAAACAACAACAGUGGCUGAGAUUUUCCCUCACCUGUCCGAUCGACCAGAGCCACCACCCGAGUAUGUCAAGCUGGAGAUGGAGUUUGAUUACGACCCACACACUUUCACUCUGGAGGAUUUGGAGCAAACUCGUCUCAAGCUGGGAAGAGAGUUUUCGUUAUCAAAAUAUCAAAUUUCUGGCUCAGUUGUUUUGGUCUGCAUACUGCCUGAAGGAAUGGUGCGUGCUGACAUGCAAGAGCAGAACAAUAGCUUUCUUGAUUUAAAACUCGUACGACUGGAUCUAAACAAUAAAUGCCUUUAUCAUAUCGAUCUGUCAAGAAAGUUUGCUCACAACAUCAACAAUGCAAUUCUGUCUACUCCUGAUUCUCGUGGACUGGCUAUCAUAAUUAGUCUUUCUCCUCCCAUACCUUCUCGGCUGAUAUCGGAUAGAUGUAAUGAUAACAUUCGCAGGCUCAACAACAGGUUUAAGGAAUACAACUUUGCCAUGUACAUCAGACAAGGCAGAUUAGGAAAGCUGGAAUUAAAUGGGAUCAUGUAUGCUGCACGUCACUAUGUCCAUAUCCCAGAUUCAUCAAAGUACCCGAUUCUGUUUAUGGUGAGUGGUGCAGUACAAGGUGAUGUGAACACUUUCGUAACUGGACAUGACAAGAUCGACAUCGGUAAAGAUAUCAUUGAGCCACUAGUAUCAUCUAAACACCUUGCCGACAAUCCCAAGAUAUAAUAAUUAUUGAUACCUACUAUCAAAACAAAUUCCUUGAUUUAUCGCAAUUAAGAAUCCCACAUGGCCAAAACUUUAUUGUUGCUUUAUUCAAUACUGAUGAUCACUACCUUGGUUACAUUCGAGACAUAUUUGUUGAAUGGCGUAUUUACCGGUCUAAAAUGAUGAACAUAAAAGAAAGACUUUUGAGAUUAGAAUCACAAAAAUUUAAAGCGAUGACCGCGAUGUCGCAUCUCGAGCAGUCAAUCUAUGUAUAUCCAGGCAAGUCAGUGGGCUUCAUAUCAGACAUGGUAGAUGUUGUUGGUGAGGUUGACAAAGUGAUUAGGUCCACUCAAGACCCUAAAGGUUUGGCUAUUGCGAUCGGGCUAGAACAAGAUGAGGAUCAUCUCAGUGAGAAAAUAGCUGUACCAAUACUGAAAUGCUUACUGACACAUUUUCAAAACUGGAUUAUGCAGCCAAAAGUUACUCUAAUCUUUAUGGCGUUGUGUCUGCAGUUACGUACCACACUGAGUUGUCGGACCACCCGAUAGUGUUUGCAAUUAGUGGACAAGUAGCUGGAGGUGACCCAAGCUAUUUGCGUCGUAUCAACAUCUACAAUGCUAUUCUCAAGCCGCUUUGCAUUCCUUAUCUCUCUCAGCACCCUAAGAUAUUCCUUAUCAUGGCCUAUACUGGUACUGAAACCUCACUCAACCUAUCGCACCUGAUGGUUCCAUCCGAAGGAAACUUCAUUCUUGCUUAUAUCCAUUCUAAAACAAUACACGAUAUAUUAUCUUCUGAGACUACUGAGGUUCGACGUAACAUCCCAGGCCACUCUACAAUGAAAGUGAUCUCUCACCUUGACAAGCCAGCUGUGUAUAUCCAUGACGGUCCGGUAGAUCUUCAUCGCAGCAUUGGUGCAAAUAGACCCUACUGGAACUGAUUCAGUUGGGACAAGUUAGCUACUGUAAAUUAUGGAAAGGACAUAAUAAUUAUUAAGUGAACAAAUUAUAAACUAUGUAGGUUUUUAAUUAUUAUGUUCAUCAUGCUUUCUUAAUUAAAAGAACACUU